AUGCUACCAUUUGGUGCAUCCAUCAGCUGUGCUAUCUGGGAAAAGUUCGCCACUUUUGUACACUGGGCUGUAGUUGAAAACAGUAAUAACCCUAAUAUUCAACACUACCUUGACGAUUUCCUUUUUGGGGAGCCAGCUUUAAGCUGUAAGCAUGGUCACACACUGCAGUCCUUUAAAGAUACUUGCCAAAAAUUUGGUAUCCCAGUUGCACUUGAUAAAACAUGUCACCCAACUACUUCCAUUGUUUUCCUAGGCAUUGAAUUUGACACAGUUAAAAUGGUAAUGCGCUUACCAGAAGAAAAACUUGUGGAAUUAAAGAGCAAAAUAACACAAAUCCUUAAUACUAAAAAGGUUACUUUGAAAGUCAUGCAAUCUCUGAUAGGUUCACUCAAUUUUGCUUGCAGAGUCAUUGCACCAGGCCGUGCAUUUUGCAGGAGGUUUAUAAAUUCCACCAUUGGUAUUAAAAAGCCAUAUCAUAAGAUAAGGGUAUCUGGUCAAAUGAAAAAAGAUCUACAGCUGUGGUUACAAUUUCUGGCUGCAUACAACGGCAUAACAUUAAUAACUGACCCUUGCUGGCUGUCUAACAUUGAUCUACAGCUGUACACAGAUAGUGCAGGGGGUCCUCUUGGGGGCUAUGGCAUCUACUUUGCAGGUCAUUGGUCUCAGGGGGUUUGGCCAUUACACUGGGUGGAAGAAGGUCUUACUAAAGACAUGACGCUCCUCGAGUUGUUCCCGGUAGUAGCAGCUAUUGUUACAUGGGCCAAGGUGUUCAGUAACAAGAAAGUUUUGUUCCAUAUAUAG